AUGAGCGUCGUCACCGUCGCCGCGAUGUGCGUUCCGACUAAGCGGAUCUGCCCUCGCGCGGGCCGCCGGGCGUCCAAGGGUGCCCGGCGGGUCUUGUCCGUCAGAGCCGCAGGCGAAAAUCCCUCCUCCCCUGAGGAGGAGGAGGACCUUCCAAAGCCCAUCAAGCUCACCCCCGAGCAGGCCAAGGUCGCCGCGUUGGCGUUCGAACUCCUGUACGAGAAGGAUCCCGUCGAGGAACUAGAGAGUAUGCUCGUCGACAGGGAGCGGCCGGAGCUUCGUGCGAAACUGCAGCGAGCCAUCGAAGCUGCGAACGAGGCGUGCAAGCUCGGCGCCACCAUCGAGUGUGCGGCGGCCUGGGAGGAGGUUGACGGUCUCGAGGAUGCCGCGAUGAGGGCGGGCAUGAGCCAGAACGCGCCGUCUGCCAUGGCUCCCAAGCCCCCCGCCAAAACCUCCACGCCAGAUGCCCAAACAUCCAAGAAGAAGGAGGACACUCGCAUGUCCAACCCCGCGACGAGGGCAGGGACCGACCCCCUCGCCGGCAUGAACCCGUGCGGCGCGGGAGAGUGCGAGGUGCCCCAGGGCACGCUUCAGGCGAGGAUGGAUUUCGAACGCCAGAUGGACAGCGGCGAGGACGACGCGGAGGACGACGAGGCGCUCACAGUUCAGAUCAGGGACGCAGUUGACGUUGCCAUAUCCCUGUGCGAGCAGGGUGCCAGCGCGGGGGAGUGCGCUGUGGCGUGGGACGUGGAAGCGCGACGAUAA